AUGUCCAUCCACAAUCCCACACCAUUCAUCUGUAAUAUAAAAUCAUACGAUAUUCACACUUAUUUCGCAAAGACAAAUCUACCAGAGAAACAAAAAGCUUACCAAUUGAGAGAGAAACUACUUGAAGAUUUCGCCCAAGAAAUCAAGGCUGGCGACAUACGAUACUACAAAAUUCACGAUGAUCCACUAGGACCUCAUCCAAUUGGUAUGUGGGAAAUCGAUUUCAAAAAACCUGAAAUUUUCUCGAAAAUCGUUCCCUGGUAUCAAAUCAACCAUGAUGGUCUAAGUGUCUUGAUACAUCCAAGAAGUGAUCAAGGUGAUUUAAAAGAUCAUACAGCCCACGCCAUGUGGUUGGGUCAUAAAGUUAGAUUAAUAUCUUCUUUUUUGAAAGAAUAA